AUGGCAACGUCUCGCACCCUGUAUAACAAUGCGUUUAUGGAGGACUCCAACACAGCCUAUCCUCCGCCACUGCCACCCAAGCCGAUCCGCUAUCGCAAAAGGAGUGUGGUUCAACCUAUGCUUUUUGCGCUGGUGGCUUUGGCCCUCUGUGGCAUGGUAGUGGAGGCCUGCUUCAUCUAUAGGCUGUACUCCAAACACCCCCAGAGAGGUGCUGCUGAUGGACUCAUGCUUUGGGAUGAUCAGGGUGAGAAUAUCUUACAUGAAAUGAAAUACAAAGAUGGCGUCCUCACUAUCCAGCAGGAGGGGUACUACUUUGUUUACUCCAAGAUCUACUUCGUGUUGACACAUGACAUUUCACUUGAGCAUUCUGUGAUUAGGACCAGUAUGUAUUACUCUAAGGAGAUGGUGCUUCUGAUGUCAAGGGAAUACCAAUCCAAGUCAGCCAAAAACGUAAGAACAAAUAGUUACCUAGGAGGCAUGUUCCACUUGUUGAAAGGUGAUACUAUAUUUGUAAGGGUAAACAAUGCCCGGGUCAUACUAUCAACCUCAGCAGAGAACUACUUUGGUGCCUAUAUGGUGUAG